ACGAGUCGUGGCAGAUGAAGACUGGUCGUCCUCUCAUCUCAUGACAGGCCAUGCAUGCGGGCAUCGAGAUGUCUACCGUCGAUCGGAGCAUCUCAGACUCAUUCAUCCAACCUCGAGCAAUAUAUAUGUAGCAGGCCAUCCCAAGCUUCACUUUCUUAACUUACCUCGAGGUUUACCUUUCGUUCAACCAUGGCCGCCGCCGGCAGAAGCUUCCUCGGGAUGGCUCUUCUCCUCCUGCUUGUCUCCGCUUCCAGCGGGCAGCUGUCGCCUACGUUCUACAGCGAGACAUGUCCGACCCUGGAGACGGUGGUGCUUCUGGCCAUGACGCCGGUUGUCCUCCUCGAGCCGCGGAUGGGGGCGUCCAUUCUUCGGCUCUUCUUCCAUGACUGCUUCGUGAACGGGUGUGACGCGUCAGUUCUGCUGGAUGACACGGCGACCUUCACCGGAGAAAAGAACGCAGGGCCGAAUGCCAACUCCCUGCGUGGCUUCGAUGUCAUCGACACCAUUAAAACCGCAGUCGAGCUACUCUGCCCCGGCACAGUCUCAUGUGCCGACAUUCUAGCGCUGGCCGCCCGCGAUGGUGUCGGUCUGCUGGGUGGACCAUCUUGGACCGUGCCGCUGGGUCGCCGGGACGCAACCACCGCCAGCCUAAGCGCGGCCAACAACGACCUCCCCAGCCCUGCCUCCAGCCUCGCCCAGCUCAUAUCCUCCUUCGCUGCCAAGGGCCUGAGCGCCAGCGACAUGACCGCCCUCUCCGGCGCACACACCAUCGGCCAAGCCCGGUGCAUCAACUUCCGCGACCAUAUCUACAACGACACAAACGUCGACGCCGACUUCGCGUCGGACCUCCAGCAGAGCUGCCCCUCCUCCGGCGACGACGACAGCUUGGCCCCCCUGGACACCCAGACCGCGGACUCCUUCGACAACGCCUACUACGAGAACCUCGUCGCUUACAGGGGCCUCCUCCACUCGGACCAGGAGCUCUUCAACAACGGGAUGCAAGAUUCGUUGGUGCAGCAGUACAGCACCGACCCGGACGCCUUUGCUGAGGACUUCGCGGCGGCCGUGGUGAAGAUGGGAAACAUCAGCCCGCUGACAGGGACGGACGGGGAGAUCAGAUUGGACUGCAGGAAGGUGAACUGAGAAAUCAUUUGAUGCAGUGAUUCUUCUGCCAGAAAACUGUAACAGUUAAUUGUAUGACCUUCAUCUUUCAAUUGCAUCCAUCCUCGGUCAUUAGCUUUCAGAUCAAGCAAGGAGGUAAACAAUUGAUCAAAGAUUCAUGUAGUUAAUCCUAAAUAAUUGAGACUGUAUUAUUAUUGUUG